AUGGCCAGGAUCACUCUCAUUUCUGUGCUCAUCCUCUGGGCAGCCUCACAGCAGGGAAGAGGAGAUGACACUACAGAAAAAGGCCUCUCUUUGCUGGGGUACCACCUGUGCAACUACACCCUGACCAAAAGUGUGCUAAAAAUGGUUGCCUACCAAAAGUCCUAUGAGAAGAACAUACCCUGUGGAGGGUGGAUCACAUGGAUGGUGUGUCCCCAGACACACCACAGAACGCAGUUUCACAGCGUUGAAAUCCCUGAAACCAUCACUCUCACAGAUUGCUGCGAAGGAUAUGAACAAGCUGGACUCUACUGCUCUCUAGCACUCAAUAGAUCCAGUGUAUUUGCCUCAAGACCUGGUAUUUGUCCAGUGAAGGAUAUGGAAACAUUUGAUUAUCCUUGCACGUUCGAUACUGAAUGUCCAGGGCUGAAAAAAUGCUGCAGCUCAUCCAAAGGAGCAGGCUGUGUGGAUCCCAUGCCAGAGGGGAGGACGUUCUGGUACAACGUGACAGUGCUCGUGAAAAUGGAUUUUAAUGAAUUAAUCCGGGUGGAUCCCCACCUUCUGAAUCAUUCCCGCCUUUUGCACUCUGUGAUCACUGGAGCACUGCAGCCCCUGAAUGCCUCUGUGCACCACAUCCAGAGUGACCGUGGGGACAUCUACGCUGGGACAGUGGCCUCUCAGCUUCUCCUGGGAAUGCAGCAGCCAGCUCCUCUGGCAGAGGUUUCCUCCUCCCUGAAGGCCAUGGUGAAGCGAGUGUAUGAAGUGAUUGACACACAAGUGCAAGAUGUCAAUGAAUGUUCCUAUGCUGAAUUCAACGCUUGCCCUGAGAAAAGCAACUGUGUAAACCUGGAGGGUUAUUACAGCUGCCACCCUCAGCAUGAACAUGCCACUGUCAUCCCUCACUGGCUGAGCCCAAGGAAGGAAGGCAUUGCAGCAUCUACUCCAAUUUCAGUAAAUGCUGUUAACACUGCCACUAGUUAUCCCUCUACAAGGAAAGCAAAUCUCUUGUCCAUAACCAACCAAUCUACAGAUGUUGGGUGCUAUCCCUCUGCAGUUACAAACCAUCGAAUCCUCAGCGUUACCAGCAACAGCUUUGAAAUGUCCUGGCUUGUCAUUCCCACUCUGAACCACACUUUCCAAGUCCGGGUGUCCAAGGGCAAUGAAACUGUGCAAAACCUGCAGACAGAGGAAAUGCACAUGGAUGUGUCUCACCUGGAAGCAGGUGUGAUGUAUUCAGUAGAGAUCAGCUAUGAAACUUGUGGGAAAAUCAUUAUCUCCCAUCAAAAUGUUAAAACAGAGGCCAAGAUAUUUGAUGUUACUAUGAGGAUUCUCAACUACAACUUCACUGAUGAUUUCCAUAAUUCCAGCAGCUCAGCGUAUGAGGAAUUUUCAAGACUGUUGCUUACAGAGCUUGAAAAUUCAUUUCCACCCAACAUUUCUGCCUUGUACAAACCUGGGAAGCUGAAAGUGCAAAUUGUAUCCCUGGCAGCAGGAAGCAUCAUUGUGAGGCUCAGAAUCACCGUGCAGGAUCCCGAGUUUCCAGUGGACGCCUCCACAUUUGCCCCAGUGCUUUCCUACCUGCACAAUGGCUCCGUGCUUGUGGUGGAUCAGCAAAACACUGCAGUAAAAGACUGGGAUGAAUGUGCUUCCCAAGCUGAGAAUGACUGCUCUGUGUUUGCAGAGUGUAUCAAUUUGAUGGGCUCCUACAUGUGCAAGUGCAAGACAACCGUGGAUACCAAUCCAUCCCGACCUGGAAGAAACUGUGAGGGUGAGAUUGUGGAUCCUCUCACUGAAACCAUGGCUUCUGAAACAAGAAACAGCAGGGACUUUGCCCUCGAAGAAGGAAGCCCUGCAGGCCCUGCUCCCGCUGCCACCACCGAGACAAUGGCGGCUGCAGGCUCUGUGUCAAGCACCGCCAAGCUUCUCCCUGCCGCGCUGGCCCUGGGUGACAAACGAGCGUCCCAAGGUCCCACCAGUGCUCCUCCAACCCCUUGGCAAAAAGGCCUGGCCCCACAGAUGGGUUUCAGCGGGGGCAGCAGCCCCACGGCCAGCAGGGCCCUGCCCGUGGGCACAGGAGCCACAAGUCGGUCACGGCAAAGCUCCGCUGCCACGGCUGCUGUACCAAACAGCCCCAGGGGCACGGCGGGGCCAGAGCAGCUCGCUGCAGUUUGGGGGCUCCCAAACCGAACAGCCUCAGGUGCCAGCAGCGCUCGCACGGCUGCUGCCGUGCCCCGAGGUGGCCCUGGCACCGUCCUGCUGGCCACAGGCAGCGCUGCCAUCGCCACCCUCCGAGCAGAUGGAGAGCAGGGCAGGGAGAACAGCUCUCGGUCAGAGGGACCCACGGCAGCCUUGGGGUCACCAGCUUUGCCAGGCUCCUCUCCAGCCCCCAGCCCGUUCCGCACCUUCCAGAAACUUAGUGGCACAGUUUGGAUAACAAACAUGGAAUACUCUCCAGGCUUUAGCAAUACAAGCAGUGAGGAAUAUCAAACGUUUGCACAGCUCUUUGUUGAUGAAGUGCAUAAAUCUCUGCCCCUUGAGGUGCUCCAGCAGAUGGAUGCUGGUCUGAUUAAAGUGCUGGUAACGGGUGUUACUAAUGGGAGCACAGUGCUAAGUUUCAAUCUGCUGCUUGCAGAAGAAGUGGAUGUCCACCAUGUCAUCACCACUUUUUGUGAAGCCUUGGAACACAGCUCCUACUUCACCAUGGACAGGAACAACCUCUCCAUACAUGCUCUUCCCUUCAGCCAGAAAGCAACAGUGAUGGAUAAGAAACCAACAGUGAUGGAUAAGAAAAAUGUGCACAGCACAAUUUUACCUGUGACAUCUUCGCAAACUUCAGCUCAUGUUUCCUCCCCUGCUUCACUGGACUUCUCUCCUGCUGAGCACAAAGCUCUGGUGGACACCAGGUUCUCCAGCACGGUGCUGACUCCUCUCACCACCAAUCCCAUGGCAACUCCUGAUGUUUCUCCUCCAGCAUCUCCAGCUCCCCUUGUCAAACCCACCCGAGAGGUUUCCAUUAAAGAAGCAGUGAGUGUGUUUUGUGAAAUUGAGAGGAUCGUCCUUGCCAUCCAGAAGAGAUUCUUGCAGCAGGAGUCCAUCCCAGAGAGUUCCCUGUUCCUGGGGGAGCCUGGCUGCAAUGUGAGCACCAGCAAUGGCACCCAUGUUGUGCUGCAGGCGGGCUGGAGCGACUGCGGCACCCAAGUUGAGACUAACAUGACUACUACCGUGGUGAAAACCACCCUUCGGAAUGAUGUUUCUGCUCAGGGAAUCAUCCACCACUUGAACAUUGCCAGUCCCAUCCACUGUGUGUUUCAAAAUGAUGUCUUGACUUCCUCUGGGUACACUGCAGAUGGACUUUACACCAUCUUUGAGGAUUUGCACGGAUCUGGACACUUCAGAACAGAAAUGCAGUUGUUUAUUGGAAACUCCCCAGUCCCCAGAAAUUUCAGUGUCUCUGCCAGUGAGGAUGUGCUGAUUGAAGCGGGGAUGCAGAGGGCAGACAGCAAGCUCAAGGUGGUUCUCACUGACUGCUGGGCCACUCCAACCAAUAAUUCUGUGGAUCCCCUGUCAUUUGUUUUUAUCAGCAACAGCUGUCCCAUCCCAAACACUUACACCACUCUGCUGGAAAAUGGGAAUUCGAGCAAAGCUCAGUUUAAGAUGAAAAUUUUUUCCUUUGUCAACAACUCUGUGGUUUACUUACACUGCAGAAUUCGUAUUUGUAUGGAGUCACCAGGAAGCACCUGCAGGACUAGAUGCCAUGCAAGGGCUGGACUCCUGAAGGCUGGAGAAACCCUCGCCCUGCACAGAACAUCCUGGGGACCCCUGUGUAAAUCAGCUGCAUCUGAUUCGAAGAGAGGGAAGGAGGCUGGAAUGGGAAUUGGAUACAUCAUCCUCAUAGCCCUUGCUGUGUUUGGUUUUGUGCUGGGAGUUGUGACCCUUCUCAUUUUCCAGUACCAGCGAAAGACGGGGAGAUACAACCUCAGGAUCAAGUCUGACAACUUCAGCUACCAAGUGUUCUAUGAUUAGUGAUUCCCAGGUUGCCACAUUGGGAUCAUAUCACAAGGAGAUCUGAAGUUUGUCUUCACUCAGCAUUUGGCUUUCCUUGCUCUACACAACACU